AUGGUGUGGUCCUUAUUAUCGCUGGAACAACCAGUACCACCUCUGCACCAGACAUUUCAUAGAGCUGACAUGAUGUGGGGAUCUAAGGAAGAUGAAGUCUUAGCUGGCAUGAAGAAACUGUUUCUAGAUGAAGAAGAUAUAGAUUGCAAUCUGAAGAAAUUCUUCGAUCGGCUUCGAAGGUGUAAUCUGAAACUGAAUCCUGCAAAGUGUGCUUUCGGAGUCCCUGGUGGAAAAUUAUUAGAAUUUAUCGUCAAUCGCAGAGGGAUUGAGUUAGACCCAUCAAAAGUCAAAGAAAUCCAAGACUUGCCACCUCCGAAGAAUAAGAAAGAUGUGAUGAGCUUUUUAGGGCGUCUUAAUUACACCAGUCGCUUCACAGCACAAUCAACAGUGAUAUGUGAGCCGAUCUUCAAAAUGCUGAGGAAAGAUGCUGCAACAAGUUGGAAUGAAGAAUGCCAAAAAGCCUUCGACAAAAUCAAGGAGUAUUUAUCAAAACCGCCCCGUUCUGGUCCCACCAGAGCUAGGAAAACCACUGCUGCUUUAUUUGUCCGUACUGGAUGGAGCUUUCGGUUGCGUUUUGGGACAACAUGA